AUGAGUUCUGAUUUCUUUUUUGAGUAUGAAUAUAGUUACAAUGCAGAGCAACAUCAUGGUAGCAGAAUAAUCAGUAAUUUAGAGGAAUCAAAUAAUAAAUAAUUUAGAGGCCCAUCUCGAUUUACAUGUAAAAUAGAUCCUCUAGAAGAGGGAGAUCAUACAGUAAAACCACCUACAGUUGGAAGUUAAUAUAUUGAUAAUGCUAUUUCACAAUAAUCACAAUAAUUGGAUGUUAAUAAAGUUCCUAGAUUACUAUAGUUAUCACCACCUGACUCUAUAGUUGAAGAAAAUCCUUUAUUUUCCACUUAGAAACCUGAAUAGUAGAAGGAUACUAAGGAUUUAAAGGAUUUAAGUUAAACAAAUUCAACGCAAAAAGACAUGAUGAAAAAUUUUUUAAAAGCUGUGAUUGCAAAAAGUUAUACAAAUCGAUUUAUUGAAAACAUGUUGCAAAAAUCUUAUAUAAAGAAGCCAUCACAUUUUUCAUAAUUUUAAAAUACUUUAAUGGAUGAUUUAAGGUACAUUUAUUAGCACAACAGAUCUUCAAAACAUUGGUUAAGUACAAUAUGUAAACGUUUAAGAUUCUUUCCAAUUCUAGAUUAAAGUAGUUAUUUAGUAAUAGGUUGGUAAAUUAUUCAUAUUUUGACUAUUAUAACAGUAUUUUUUUGGACUCCAUUUAAUAUAUCAUUUGGUAUCACAUAUCAACAAAUAGUUUUUGCUGGUGUAUCAGUUAAGAAUGUUGAAAACUAUUUUUUAAUAACAAUAAUAAUAGAUGCAUUAAUAGUGAUAAAUACAUCAUAUAUAGAGAAAGGAGUAAUAAUAAAAUCAAGAAGGAAAAUAUUUAUGAAUUAUUUUGAAGGAUAAGCAGUUUAUGAUUUGGUAUAAAUAGUAAAUAUAAUUAAUAUAGUUUUCUUUUGGUGCCCUUUUGAUAGCAAUAGAAUUUGAGAUAGACACAUCAAGUGAAAAAUUAGGUUGGCAAUUGUGUCCUUAUUGUAUAUAUUAUUGUUGUCGAUUAUUUAAAUUACAAGGACGAGUGCAUAAAUUGGAAGAGUAAAUGGCAUAUGAAUGAUUUUAGGUUUUUCAAUUUCACCGGUUCAUACUAAGAUUUUAUUGAAUUAAUUAAACUACUAUUUAUGGUGUUAUAUGUAGGACAUUUAUUUGCUUGUUUAUGGCAUGGUGUUGCUUUUUAUUAAUAAGGUUAUAGAUAAACUUGGAUAGAUGAAUAUGUUAAAGAACCUGAUAUGUUUUCAAUAUAUAAUUAUGCAUUUUAUUGGGCAGUAUAAACAAUGAUCACUGUAGGAUAUGGUGAUUUAACUCCAUAAAAUAAUGCAGAAAGAAUUUGUGCUAAUUUAAGUAUGUUUUUAGCUUGUGGAGUAUUUGCAUUUUCAUUCAAUUCUAUUGGAUUAAUGUUGAGUAAUCUAAAUUCUAGAUAAGUUUUAUAUAAAAAAAGUAUCAACUUAUUAAAUUAAUAUUUGGUUAAGAAUUAAAUUAAAAUUGAAUUGUAAUCACGUAUUAGAAACUAUUAUGAUUAUAUAUUUUAAGAAGAGUAAGAAAUUAAUGAUGAAGAGGUUUCUUAAAUUACUACAAAAUUAUCAAGUAGUCUAUAAGAAGAACUUAAUUUUGAAAUACGUUACAAUGUUAUGAAAACUAAUAAAGUUUUAACUAAAUUUUCUUAAAAGGUUUUAAAAUAAUUGUCUCUUUAAAUAGAAGAAGUUAGAUUUUCACCUGAAGAUUAAAUAUUACAAUAAGGUAUUUGUGAUGAUGCUGCAUUAUAUAUAAUUACCAAAGGGAUAGUAUGUAUAUAAUUUUAAGAUGAUAACUAAGGAAGUAAUACAAGAGCAUUAUCAUAUCUUACAAAAGGAUAAUCUUUUGGUGAGUAUUCAUUUUUCACAGGUAUGAAUAGAACUGCAUCUGCUAAAAGUGUAGGAUUUUCAAGAGCUUACAAAAUACCCAGAUAAUAAUUACUUAUUGUAUUAGCAUAAACUCCAUUAGAUUUGGUAAAUAGUAUAAAUAUUAUCAAUUAGGAAAGAUUUUGUGAAGUAAGAGAUAGUAUUUUACUCUCCAAUAAUUAUUAACCCUCUAAAUUAAGUUGUUAUUCUUGUUAAAAAUUCACUCAUCUCAUUAAAGAUUGUCCAGUCUUGCAUUAUGUAGCAGAUUAAGAACGUAUAUUAAAAAAAGAAUACUUCCCUAUCUUAUAAGAGAGGAAUCAAACUUUUCAAAGAAAAUCAGAACGCAAAAAGUUUGAAACUCUCAAAGAAUGCAAAAAAACAAUGGUAUUAAUAAGAGAUUUUCAAACCAAAUAAGUCUUAGAUAAUGUAACAGUUAUGGAUGAUGAAUUAGAUGUAUCAUAUGAUGAUAAUGAAUAAGAUAUAUCACCUUAAGAAUAUUGUACUUUUUAUUCUUACAUUUUUAGCAUCUCUUACUAAAAGUUUAUCCAAAAUCUCUAGAUAACAAUCAUAAAAUAGAAGUUAUUCAUAAGAUAAUCAUUUAUAACCUAUCUAAGAAAGUGAUAGUUCCAAAGAUAGUGUCAGUCCUAAUAAACCAAGAGUUAAAUAAGUUAAAUAAACUAUAUAAACUGCUGGAUUUGGUGUUAGUGAAUCUCUUCAUAAUAGACUUGUAUCUAUCUAAGAAGAGUAAAUUACAGACUCUAUUCAUGAUAAACCAACAUCUAAUGUUUCUUAAUCUAAUCUUUAAAAAUUAGAAGAUUAUAAAUUUUCUAUGAAAAAUGAUUCCCUUGGACUUCCAAAUCCAACUGAAAAUGCUAGAACACCUGGUAGGAAAAUUACUCUAGUUCGUAAAUAGAAAAAAGAGGAUUCUUAUAAACCUUUCUCUUCUCAAACUUAAGUUGAUGUAAGGGAGAGAGGAUAAUCAGUUCAAAAUCAGAAUUAAAAUCCUAUACGCAAACCUAAAUUAAAAGAAAUAAGAGAAAUGUCAUAAGAAAUUCCAUUAUAUCCUUCAGUUCAGUCUGUAGACAAGAGAGAUCAAUUAAGAAGAAGAACAACCAAAACUAAUAGAAGUAAAACAGCUAAAACACUUAAAACUAAAGUUUAAGAUAAUCAUACUCAUACUUAAAAUUAAGAAUUAUCUAUUCCUCUUUAUGAUGAAUAAUAUAUAUCAAUGGAAUUAGAGGGAUUUGAAGCAUUAAAGAAUUUCUAAUACUAUUUUAGUUGGAAUAAUCCUAAAGUUGUGGUUGCAAGAGCUAUAAGGACUCUAAAAUUAAAUAUGGAUAAGAGGAAAAAUUUCGGAAAUAUUUUUUCAUUAUAUACUUUUAAUAAUUUGGCAAUGAAUAAAGCUUUAAGAAUAAAAAGAAAAUUGAAACUUAUGUAAAAAAUAUUUCUAUAUAUAUUUUAGUGAUGAGCCAUAGUUAUAAACUACUGAUUUAAAAAAGGGGCAUUCAUCAAAAUCUCCUAAAUAGACUAGAAUUGGCAGUAAACGGAAUACAGCAACAUAGGAUCUUAUAGGUUUUCAUCCUAAAAAACCAACUUUUGGAACAUAAAUUUAAGUGCAAGGACAUUCAUUUCAUAAAAUUCAUCAAAAUGAUUUUGAACUUAAAUGA